UGGCGUGCUACUGCUGAUGUUGUUGUGACUUAUGUGACAUGUAGCCAAGAACCUGGGAGUUAUUCGUGUGAUUUUUGGGGAAUUUAACGUUUUUCGUUUAAGAAACUGGAGAAUGGCAGCGACAGUGGCAACACCUAUCACCCCAGUGGAGCACGACCCCGACCGAUGUGGGAGCGAGGAGGAGAGUCGCGGGGCCGAGGCAGAGGAGGAGAGCAGUCGCCAGCAGACGGGCCCAGCCGCGGCUGCGACCCACAGCCGGCUGUCCAAACUCCCGCUGGCCCGCAUUAAGGCUUUGAUGAAGACCGACCCAGAUGUGUCUCUCGCCAGCCAGGAGUCAGUGUUCAUCAUCGCUAAAGCCACGGAGUUGUUUGUUGAGAUGAUUGCCAAAGAUGCCCUGGUGUACGCCCAGCAAGGGAAGAGAAAAACGUUGCAAAGGAAAGAUUUGGACAAUGCAAUCGAGGCCAUAGAUGAGUUUGCAUUCCUUGAAGGCACAUUAGACACUGCUUGAGGAGAUGAGAACAGUGAAUCUGCAACAAACCAAGAAAGUUUUCCAUCACAGGGACAUGAUAUAUUGUGAAAACAUCUCUGGUACUUUUCUAAAUUGGACUCUCAAGUUGGAUGUUUAUAAAACCUUUUCUACAAUGCUCAAUUAAGAUUUUUCAUACUUUUGCAACGUCAGUGGUAAUGUAUAUUUUUUUGUAAAUAUUUGUGAGAUACUACUGUACUAUGAAAUAAAUCUAUGU